GCCAGGUUACUAAGCAGCAAAACUUCGAAGCAAGAAAUGUGGCUUUCGUCGAGCGGACUUACCACUUUAUUGGCUGCAACUAUCAGUUCUUUAUUUAAUCUUAAGCUUUUAAACUUAGACUGCUCGAGUUGUGCGGGGAAAAGACAUCGGAACUUGUACCGUGUAAAAGUGGAUUGUUUGUUUACAUAUCAGACAAUUAUUAUGCUAAUUUGUCCUGAAAGUUUUUUUAUCUCAGAUUUUGACCCAUGUAUAAGUCGAGGGCGAUUUUUUGGACCGAUUUUUAGGCAGUAAAAGGUCGACUUAUACACGGGUAAAUACGGUAUGUUAAAUAGCAGUAAAAUACAGUUUGAUAUGUGUCCCCAAAAUGUCAUUGAAGUCGAUUUUCUAAUCAGUUUCCCGCGUUCCUGGCCUCUACGUUUUUAUCGUUUUGACUACCUUUUAAACCUUUUCCGAUUCUCUGAAUCCUGUUAAACGAUUCGCCACAUUUUCUAAUUUUACGAUUCUUACACAAUUCCACAAAUUCUACUCUUUUUUUAUUCAAGCGUUUGCGAAAUAUUUUGGACGCUAAAUCAAAUGAUAAAAUUGUAAGUUAUGGUCGAUAAACCAACGCAAGGCCACCGCCAUGGAGAUCGAAAAAUGAUCUUUACGAAACUGUCCGUGAAAGAUGCGCAGUCGAAAAGAGUGAAGCAACGAUUCGAUACUCAUAUCGUUUAAGAAAUUACUAUUUGUUUUCUGACGCUAUGGAACGCUGAAAAGAUUCUGAACGAAAUCAGAAAAACGUCUUCAUUACUUGAAAUUAGGAUGGAAACAGUGAACUGAGGCAAGAGGUUCGACCCGUUUAGGAUUAAAAUGAUAAUAGCCUUUUAGAUCUUAGAGUUUGCAGUAUGUUCCAAAGAAAUCGAUAAUUCUCUCAGUGAUGAUUAAAUAAAGAAAAAGGCAAAGGCUAAUCAUCAGACACGGCCAUUGGUUACAGGAGUGGCACAAGUCCAAACCAAUCAAAUAUUAGCAUGUAAUUUCUCUCAAUAAUAUUGAUACAUUGUCCAGCAAACAGGUAAUUGCUAGAGAGGAUAAUUAACAAUGAGAUCUUGGUAGUUAAAGGGUGAAGAAUAGGUUUUCCUAGUGCUGAAUUCACCUGAUUGAAGAAUGAACGAUAACUUUGGAGGAUUAAGAUUUCAAAGAAUAUAUUUUUUAGUUUUCUCUGCAGAAAUUUAUUUUCGAUGGUGCGCAUUGCCUGGGGAAAAAACCAAGUGUGAUGACUUUAUGAAACACGUAAACAUGACUGCUCAAAACAUGAGCUUAGCUGUUAAAACAAGUUGUGUCAAUGGAACUGACCCUGACGAUUGCAUGGAAAAGAUAAAAAACAGCGAGGCUGAUCUGGUGACAUUGAGUGGUGGAGACACUUACUCAGCGGGUAAGUUGAAGCUGGAUUUACCCGGCUGGUAAAUAUCUUUCAUCUUCCGUGGAUUUUCAGUAAGAAAAAUGGACUGAAGAUUUUCAAUAAAUCGUCAUUUGACCUUAGAUGUAUAGAUUUCCAUAAAAACAAAUGAGUAAAAAGCUAAUUUGUUUCAGUGAAAAUUUUUCUGUUUCGUUUUUUGUUUGUAUUUUUAUUUCAUUUUAAUCCCUUUUUUCCAUUUUUGAAUACCAAGUUCAAAAAUGACGACCACGCGAAACGGCCUGAUUUCGAACGCAUGAAUCCCUGGCCUUAAACUUGUUUUAGUAUAAACUAAAACGAUGAGUUAAUAUGGCACCAAAAGAUAAUUUUAACACAUUUAUUCUUGUAACGAUUACAUUAUUUUCGGGUGCAAAUCCCGCGCACAUUGCUGGGAGAAGAAUAGCUAGGAUAUUCGGAGUUUGAGAAGCCAAUCAGAGCGCGCCUUCAACGCUAUCCACUGUUGUAGUAUAUACUAAUAUUCAAUAUUUGAUAGGGCAAUUAAGAAAUUUGCAGCUUAUGCGUGAGUUGUUUCACAUUCUUCCGACAUCUUACGAUACAGGUGAAAGAUAUAACUUCAAAGUCAUUGUUUCUGAGCAGUAUGGCGAGUAUGACGUGAAAUACUACAGUGUUGCCAUUGUGAAAAAGAGUAACACAGGCUUCGACUUAAAGAGUCUUAAAGGGAAGAAGUCUUGCCACACUCAGGCUGAAAAGAAUGCAGGUUGGAAAAUUUCCGUGGGAUAUCUUCUACGCUCAAAGAUCAUGGAUCCCGUGGAUUGUAAGAGCCCAUACAAGGCCUACUUUUCAGCUUCAAAGUUCUUCAGUGAGAGCUGUGUCCCAGGUUCGUUCGUGAACAUGCGUAAUCGAAUUCGCUCUGUUCUAUUGCUAUAGUGAUAAUUCAGAAGAAGGAAAGUGGAUAGUGCAUAAAUUUCCUGCCUCACGAUGUCUGCUUAGUAUUUUUGUACUGCCUCAAGCCGCCGCUAUACGUCAAUUUUAAAUUUUCUUCACAAAGCAAGACCUCAAAAUCGAGAACUCCGCAAACUUCCUUUCGCGUAUAGUGAGUGGGUCCCUUAAGACAAUAUUAAAGAGGUAGAUGGCAGCUAUUCGUUUUUUUUUCCUUAAUCAAAAAAUAUAACAAUGUCUAAGCAUAUAUCAGUAUGAUCAAUAAGGCAACACAGCUUUUUCAGUCUUUGAAAUGUCUUCGAUUACAGUCCAACCGUAAGAUUCCAUUUUUUUAUUUGUCCUUUCAAUUUUGUUUGGUUUGCUAGGUACCAAAGAUAAAGUUAGUGCAGCUGCAUACGAGAAGGUCAAAAACCUGUGCAGUCUGUGCGCCGGUACUGGAAAUGGCAAGUGCUCUACAAACUCUUCAGUUAAUGAAUACGUCAGCCAUAAAGGUGCCUUCAAAUGUAUGAAGGAUGGGAAGGGCGACGUGGCUUUUGUAAAGCUCCAGGUGGACUCACCAGCCGAUUUUUAUGAUAAGGAUAAUCAAAACGACUACCAGUUCUUGUGCCAGAAUGGAGGGAGGAUGGGUAAUGUAUACAUUAAUGAAGAUUAAGGUUAUACACAACUGGCUUGUAUCACUGCUGCUCGAGCGUAAAAUAUUUCUGUGCCACGAAGUACGUGAAAAAUUGCUAUUGACCCUGGACGGGAUGCUGUCUUUCACACUUUAUCCACCGCAUUUCUGCUAAUUGUCCUGAUAAUUUGUUAGUACCCAUUUGUAUUCCUUUCAUAUACAAACACUGAUAGCGUAAAAUAAAUAUAUAAAAUUAAAAAGAUAAAAAAAAAUUCAAGCCCUUUAGCUUUCUCAGUGUAAGUUCAAACAGCGGCUGUCUGUUCUAAUUAUAUCUCCCCUGAUACGCGUGCAAAUAACUUCGUCCUGAAUUGUUACACAUCAAUGAAGUUGUCUCAUCAUGGGGCAAUUCCGCUACACGGGCUACCAGUUGUGAAUGAUUUUAAUGCAUGAUUACUCCAAAAUUCAGUGUAAUUCGUUCAGUUGCUAAGGUAUGAUACACUGCAACCCCGAAGUAACGAUUACCAUGGAAACGACGAACCUCGGGCAUUUGUACUCCAUUCUCUCUCCUCCUUCUAUCGCCGCACUCAUUUUCUAGUCUCCUAAAAUUUGGUUCAAAGCUUGUUUUUACGUUGGUCGACAGAUCUCUACGAGAUUCAAUUUUUCCUAGGGUCAAAUUCUCGCCCCUUACAACAGCAAUGAAUCCGCGUAUCUAGUAGGAAAGAAAUGUGGGAAAUCCCCCAUCUUCUGUGACUAUUUAGGGUCUAAGCAUUGAGUAAGGGGUACGGAUUUUGCUUGGCAGAGUUUUUGGCAGUAUAUAUCAUACAAGAUCUUUCCAAUCAUUUUCAGAGAUUGGAGGAUACAAGGAAUGCAAUCUCGGCGCAAGUCCUGCGCAUGCAGUGGUUACAAGGAAGGACAACUCUGACAUCGAAGACAUCAUUAAAAUCUUAAAGGCCAUGAGUGACAAGUACGGCAAGACUCAGACUGACUGGAAUAAGUUCCAGCUCUUCAACUCCUCCAAAUAUAACAACGGGGAAGAUUUGAUCUUUAAAGAUGCAACUACAGCACUCAAAGGUAUAGCGGUGGAUAAACAGAACUAUAUGGGUUACCUUGGAGACAUUUAUGGCAAAAAUGUGAAGGCGCUGACAUCUUGCGAUGCAAUCGUUUCUACUUCUUCCGCGACUUCGCCCGUCACCACACUCAUGCUGUUUACAGCUGCGCUGAACGCUCUGCUCAUGUAGGAGCUGAAGAGGAAACAAACUUAGUAACCGCCAUAGUUAGCCUCGAGGUUAGAUUUGGAAAGCACGUUUUACGUGAGCCAUUAGAAGUGAGAACUGUACACAUGUUG